AUGGAAGUGUACCGUCGGUGUCGGUUUGCAGCUGGGAAUACACUUCUCGUCGCAGUCUCCCUUCCUGGGUCUCGGGUCGCUCCCUCCCAAGCUCCUCUGGGAACUGCUACGCACCAUUGCCACAUAGCUAUCAAAUCCUUUCCCGUCCGAACGGUCACAAUGUUUCUCCGCAAGAAGAGCUCGCUGACGUCCAACAUCCUGGGCCGGCCGCCGGCUGACAUCCGCGACAAGUUUCUGAUGGGGAAGGAGCUGGGCAAGGGGCAGUUCGGCGUGACUUACCUGUGCACGGACAAGGUCACGGGCGAGCAGCUCGCGUGCAAGUCGCUCGCCAAGCGACGGAUUGGGUCCAAAGAAGAGGUUGAGGAUAUCAGGAAGGAGAUCGCCAUCAUGCACCACCUGGGCGGCCACCCGCACAUCGUGCAGCUGAGGGGCGCCUUCGAGGACAAGCACAACGUGCACAUCGUCAUGGAGCUCUGCGCGGGCGGCGAACUCUUCGACCGCAUCGCCGCCCGGGGCCACUACAGCGAGCGGGCGGCAUCGGCGUUAUUCAAAACCAUGAUGGGGGUGGUCGACCACUGCCACCAGAAUAAUGUCAUUCACCGGGACUUAAAGCCCGAGAAUUUUCUGCUCGCGGACCGGAGGGAGGAUGCGCCGCUGAAGGUGGCGGAUUUCGGGCUGUCGUCGUUUUACAAGGAGGGGGAGGUGUUUACUGAGACGGUGGGGAGCGCGUUCUAUGUGGCGCCCGAGGUGCUCAAGGGGAAGUAUGACAAGGCGUGUGACGUGUGGAGCUGCGGAGUCAUUCUCUUCAUCCUGCUCAGCGGCACCCCGCCCUUCUGGGGAGACACGGAGAAGCAGAUCUUCCACCAGGUGCUCAAGGCCACCCCCGACUUUGCAGCGGACCCCUGGCCACAGGUGUCGGACUCGGCCAAGGACCUGGUCAAGCGCAUGCUGCACCCCGACCCUUCUGUGCGCAUCUCCUCCGCUGACGUGCUCCGCCACCCGUGGCUGUCCCACGAGAAGCAGUCCGACAAGCCGCUGGGAGAGGCGGUGCUGAAGCGAAUCAAGAAGUUCUCUGCGGCCAACAAGAUGAAGAAGCUUGCGCUCAAGGUCAUUGCGUGCAAUCUGAGUCGCGAGGAGAUCCUGGGGCUGAAGAAGCUGUUCAAGGGGAUGGACAAGGACGGCAGCGGCAGCAUCACGUUUGCUGAGCUCAAGACCGGCAUGCAGAAGCUGGGCAACCCCAUGUCGGAGGAGCAGCUCCAGCAGAUCAUGGAAGCGGCGGACAUGGACCACAGCGGCACGAUCGACUACACGGAGUUCAUCACAGCGACGAUGCAGAUGAACAAGGUGGAGAAGGAGGAACACAUCUGGAAGGCCUUCCAGCACUUCGACCGCGAUGGGAGCGGGUUCAUCACAGUGAGCGAGCUGAGGGACGCCCUGGCGAAUGAGGACAUGCUGGAGCCGGGCGAGCUGGAGCAGAUCAUUGAAGAGGUGGACACGGAUAAGCCAGGGGAACUGGAGAAGACAAUUGAGGAGGUGGACACGGAUAAGGCUCCUUACUGUCACACUCACAGACUACGGAGCCAAAACGGCACCGAAGCCAGCAGCAGCAGCGACGGCAGCAGCAGGAAUGGACAUGGAUUUGACUCGGAGGAGAGCAGAGGAAGGAGCGAGAAAUUCACGGAGGUGGAAGGUAGAGGGAAUAAAGGGGAGGAUGAGGAGGAGAGGGAGGGGACGGAAGAGUCAGAGGAGACUGAGGAGGAAGCUAGGGAGAGAGAGCAGCUGAGGGAGAGGAAGAAGCUUCAGGAGUUUAACAGGAGACGCGAAGCGGCGCUUCUCAGUCGCGAUCCGUCCACCCUUCGCUACGCUUACGUCACGCUCCUCUGUGAUGACGUCAUGGCGCCGGGAGCCCUGGUGCUGGUGCACUCGCUGAAGCGCACUGGCACGCCGCACGACGUGGUGGUGCUGACGAUGAACGUGAGUGAGGGGACGGCAGCGCUGCUGCAGCUUCUCGGAGCGAGGGUGAAGCAGAUCGAAGAGGCCAUUCCGUACCCGUUUCCUGCGACGCCGAAUAGGGUCGCCAUCAAUAAGCCAUGCAGGUGGGUGGGUGGGGUGGAAAAAUGUGGUGGUGCUUACGAUGACCGUGAGUUCAAGUGGAUAUUGGGGAGUGGAAUGGUUCCCCCUUGCACCCCAUCGCGCACGGGCACGCUGCACGACGUGGUGGUGCUGACGAUGAACGUGAGUGACGGCACUGCGAUGCGGCUGCAGCUGCUGGGAGCGAGGGUGAAGCAGAUUGAAGAGGCCAUUCGGUAUUCCAAGCUGUUGAUGUGGACUCUCACAUCAACAGCUUGGAAUACCACACCGACGUAUUCCAAGCUGUGGAUGUGGACGCUCACGGAGUACCACCGCUUGGUCUAUGUCGAUGCGGACCUUCUUGUAAUGAGCAGCCUCGACGACCUCUUCUGCCGCGAUGAGCUCUCGGCUGCACCGGACACCAUCCCUCCUGACCGCUUCAACAGUGGCUUGAUGGUGGUGGCGCCCAGUGACGACACGUUCAGAGACAUGCUGAGCAAGGUAGCAACAACCAAGUCACCCAACGUGGGCGAUCAGGGCUUGCUCAACAACUACUUUUCCGACUGGUACUCUCAGGGUCCCUCCCACCACCUGCCCUACGCCGUCAACCCACUUGUUCGCCUCAGCCCGUCCCCUGACUCCGCUUCUCUCCCCACUGCUCCCCGUUCUCCUCCUAUUCAGGUCGUCACCACCAAGUCACCCAACGUGGGCGAUCAGGGCUUUCUCAACAACUACUUUUCCGACUGGUACUCUCAGGGUCCAUCCCACCACCUGCCCUACGCCGUCAACCCACUUGUUCGCCUCAGCCCGUCCCCUGACUCCGCUUCUCUCCCCACUGCUCCCCGUUCUCCUCCUAUUCAGGUCGCCACCACCAAGUCACCCAACGUGGGCGAUCAGGGCUUUCUCAACAACUACUUUUCCGACUGGUACUCUCAGGGUCCCUCCCACCACCUGCCCUACGCCGUCAACCCACUUUUUCGCCUCAGCCCGUCCCCUGACUCCGCUUCUCUCCCCACUGCUCCCCGUUCUCCUCCUAUUCAGGUCGCCACCACCAAGUCACCCAACGUGGGCGAUCAGGGCUUUCUCAACAACUACUUUUCCGACUGGUAUUCCCAAGGCCCCUCCCACCACCUGCCCUACGCCUUCAACCCGCUCGUGCGCCUCAGCGGGUGGGAGGGGUGGGAGAAGUUUGUGCAGCCGCAGCUGAGGGUGCUGCACUUCUCGGGGAGCACCAAGCCUUGGAACACCAUGGAGGACAAGCAGGCAGGUGACUAUACUGAAAGUGGUUAA